AAACACUGAAGGGGCACCCACGCGCGGCACGUCAUCUGUGGAUUCCAUCCCCUUCCACUUGCUCUGCGUGGAGGCCCAUUUGACUUGACCUGCGGCCAAUUCUUCAUUGUCAUCUUGCAUCGAUCAAAAUUUCCCAUCAUCUGGUGUUGUAGGCCCCUUGGAGCGACCGUUCACCAACGUCUUACCACCAACCUCUGUCGCAAUAAUGGCUGACGCCGGACUUCCUCCUAACUGGGAGGUCCGUCACUCGAACUCGAAGAACCUCCCGUACUACUUCAAUACAACCGACAAGGUCUCCCGCUGGGAGCCGCCCCCAGGCACCGACACAGAGAAACUCAAGCAUUACAUGGCCACCCAUCACUCAGCAUCGACAUCGCGUCCUGCUGAUGGUCCUGUACCUGAUGGCAAGAUUCGCGCCGCCCACCUGCUUGUGAAGCACGAAGGCAGCCGCCGUCCCUCCUCUUGGCGUCAAGAGAAGAUCGACCGCACAAAGGAGGACGCGUACAGCAUCAUUCGCGGUUACGAGGAGAAGAUCAAAAGUGGCCAGAGCAGCCUUGGCGAUCUUGCUGUGACCGAGAGUGAUUGCAGCAGCGCGAGGAAGCGCGGCGACCUGGGCUACUUUGGCCAGGGAGACAUGCAGCGCGAGUUCGAGGAGGCAGCCUUUGCGCUGAAGGUUGGUGAAGUCAGCGGUAUCAUUGAAACGGCGAGCGGUCUCCAUCUGAUUGAAAGGCUGGAGUAGAACCACCCGUCGGAACAUGCAAAUGGAAAUAGCUUUCACUGAGCUCGCAGAUGGAGGCAAGAGCCUCGUCCCGAAUCAAGGCGUUCAGAAAUUACGGGGGAAAAGAAGAGGUCCUCCGAAGGCCGUCGUCAAUUAAACGUAUUUGUACAGGUGCGAGGCCUAGAGCCAGCUGAUUAUCUAUCAUUAGGGCAUGCCUCGUAUCGUAACUCGUGUCCUC